AUGUUUCGCCAGGUUAAUCGUUGGAAAACAUUGUUUAAGGGUUCGCGGCGGUCUACUCAUCAAACAGAUACGAAAAAACCAUACUUUCUUACAUGUCCAAUAUUUUACGUCAAUGCAAAACCUCACUUAGGUCAUGCCUACACGAUGUGUUUAGUUGAUUCUUGGGCAAGAUAUAGUGUUCUCCGGCAACAGUCAAUAAUAUGCAAACCUUUCCGCCAAUUAGAUUCUCUUCAAUUCACCGCUAAUUUGAAUCAUUCGAAGGGGAAUAAAACAUUUUUGUCGUGUGGAACUGAUGAACAUGGAUCAAAAGUGAAUCGUGCUGCAAGCGCUUGUAAUCUAGACCCAUUACAAUAUUGCAAUCAAAUGAGUCCUUUAUUUAAGGAUCUAUGCCAUGCUACACAUGUCAAUUACAAUGAUUUUAUACGUACUACUGAGGGCAGACAUAUGAAUGCUGUUCAGGCAUUUUGGAAACGUUUAACCGACAGUGGUCACCUAUAUCGAAGUAAAUAUUCUGGUUGGUAUUGUACCUCGGAUGAAACAUUUUACAUGCCAUGGGAAAUUGAAACUUCAUCGUCAUCAUCAGCAUCAUCAUCGCCGUUGUCGUCGUCGUCGUCGUCACCGACAUCCCUUUCCAAAGAUGGACCUGUAGCAAAAGAAACCGGUAAUCCAGUAGAAUGGGUUGAAGAAGACAAUUAUGUAUUUAGGAUAUCAUCAUUUAAAAAUGACUUACACUCAUGGUUGGAUUCAGGAGUAUUUCCUAAGUCCUCCACUCAAUCUGUUUGGACUGAAAUAGCGCACGGUAUGGUAGACACAAUUCAUGAUGUAUCUGUAUCAAGGCCAAAAAGUCGUUUGAAUUGGGGUAUACCAGUUCCUGGCGACGACCAACAAGUGAUUUAUGUCUGGUUAGAUGCACUAAUCAAUUAUCUGACAGUAACAGGAUUCCCAUGGUCAGAUGAUGAUGAUGAUGUCGGUAAUUCCAAGCGUAUUUUAUGGCCACCAGAUGUGCAAUUUUUAGGCAAAGAUAUAUUAAGAUUUCAUGCCGUACUUUGGCCUGCUUUACUUAUGGCUACUGAUCUUCCCUUACCGAAACGCCUUAUAUGCCAUCAUCAUUUACUUGUUGAGAAUAUUAAGAUGUCUAAGAGUAAAGGUAAUCAUAUUGAUCCAAUGACUGAACAAUACGAUUUAUUAUCAUCACAAGAAGUAAAGAAUCUAACCCCAGCUGAAUCCGAUGUCUUACGAUAUGUUCUAUUACGUCAACCAUUACUUUCAUUCGAUGGAUCGUAUAAUCGAGAAAUGGCAAAAAAGCUAGUGAAUACAGAACUUGUCAAUUGGAUUGGUAAUCUACUUUCUCGCAUCACUUCUGAAGCACUUAACCCUGAACAGUCUAUUAUCCAGUUGGAUCGUAAAGAUGUCGACGACAUUUUCUCUCAUGAUGAAUUGGAUGCUGAUUUCCUCAACAGCUUAGAAAGUCUUUCGCAUCGUUUUGACAAACUUUGGUGGGAUGAAUUACAACCGCAUAAUGCUAUUGAAGAGGUAUUACGUGUUAUCCGCCAGGCAAAUGCAUUCAUUACUCGACAUACUCCUUGGAAUGAAAAAGACGCGUUGCGAAGACAGUGUAUUUUAUCAGUUGUUGCAGAAGCACUGAGAAUAUGCGGAUUUCUCCUUCAACCUAUUAUACCAAAUUUAUCGCUUCGGUUAUUAAACAGACUUGGUGUGUACGCUGAUGGUGAUGACAAGCAAUCAAAUGUUUGUGGUAAACUGCGUGUUUUAGGUGAAAGCAGCGAGAAAUUUCUUCGUAAAUUGUAG